GUGAAAUCAUGAUCUCCGCGGCCGAUCGGAAGAAGCUGUUUAAGUCUAAGGCGCGCGCGGAGUCCAGCCAAGAACAACCUCCGCUCCCAACUCCCGCGCCGUCUGCCGAGCAUGCCCAGGCGAGUAAGAAGCGCAAGGAGUUGAGCUCCUUGGCGGAAGAGGCUUCGCUGAGUGGGGCGAGGUCUCCACCCUCGUGCUUGGUGGACUGCGGGAACCCGGCCUUCGUGAAGGUGGUGUUCCCCCUCAAACCUUCGUUCUUGCAUGGGGACUAUGAGCCUCGCCGUUUUCUGCAGAGCUUCAUCCCUCCGCCAGACCGAAUGGAGAUAAAUUCGGCCGCCACGCGGGACCUCGCCUCCACUCUCUUGCUCGAGUUGGGCUCGGUGGCCAUGCGCGCCCCAGAGCUGGUGGAGCGCUUCAAGUGGUAUGUGGCGGAGAAGGCCAAAGUAGCCUUGGAAGAGGCAAAGGGUUUGGAUCGCCUACGAAAAGAGCUUAAGGGAGUGUCUUGGAAGGGGGAGGCUGACCCUACGGAGACGAAGACAAACUUGGACUUCCAAGUCCUGUUGGAUUCCUUCUUGGUUUUAAAAAGUCUCUCCUGCCACUGGCAAAGGGCGGCAAAAGAACCCCCAUCCGACCCGGAAGACUUCGCCACUCGGAACAGGGUCAAUAGGCGCUCAAGGUCGGCCCGCACGCCCACCUCCCGGCAGCGGAUCAAGAACCCCGCUAAGUACCGCGCACGUUGCUUGUGGACUCGCUCAUCCGCGGGUGCAAGUGCGACUUGUCGAGUGACCGUUCGUCGCCCCACCCCAGAGGAGUCGGUCUUCGACGCUCCUCCGGGCUACUUUGCCAUCCAUCUCAAAUCCCUUGAGAACGGCUUCCGUUUCCCCUUGGAGUCCUUGGUCACCGACUUUUUCAAACACUUUGACUUCCUCCCGUGUCAAUUGGUGCCGAACUCGCACCGGUACUUAGCGGGGUUCUUGAUCCGUUGUCGGGAGAUGGGCGUGCGGGCCGACCUUGAGCGCCUACUGACCCUGUUCCGAGUGGCGAAGUCUUCCGGGUCAGAUGGGGGUUCUUUUGCCGCCCUCUGCCAGCGGCAAGAGAGACUUUUUAGAACGAAGAAGGAAUCCAACAGGACUUGGAAGUCCACGUUUGUUUUCGUCUCCGUGGGGGCGGCCUCCCCCUUCCGAGACACUCCCCUCAGCUCUUUUCGUAGACGGUCCAAACCCUUUGCCUCUUCCAAGGCUAUUCUUGAUACGGACAAGUUGUGUUCGGGCGGCCCUUACGAGCCCGGGGUCUUAGUGAACGACGAAGCUCUCGCCAAGCUCGGGUUCGUCUUCCAUGAUGAAGACGAGCCCAAGCGCCAGGUCGUCCAGAGUCAGCUUGAGGAGGGGCCAUCAGUACUAGAGGCGCCGGCUAGCCUUCUUCGACAAAUUCAGAUUCCGCGCGCGCCUCAGGUCGGUUCUUGUUGGAGGCGAGGGUUGAGGGCGCGGCAGACGGCUCGUACGGGUCCGCUCAUUCUUCGCGUUCCUCGUGAGCUCCUCGGCGGAAGAGGCUUCGCUGAGCAGGGCGAGAGUUUCAUCCCUCCGCCAGACCGAAUGGAGAUAAGUUCGGCCGCCACGCGGGACCUCGCCUCCACUCUCUUGCUCGAGUUGGGCUCGGUGGCCAUGCGCGCCCCAGAGCUGGUGGAGCGCUUCAAGUGGUAUGUGGCGGAGAAGGCCAAAGGUGAAGAAGAGCUUCGGAGGCUGCAGGAGCACGUGGCUGGCCUCGAGGGGAAGCUCGCUGAUGCGGAGGAGCGGGCCCGGUUCGCGGAGCAGGCCCGCAUUGCUGCUGAGGAGAAGGCACGCCGUCUUGAUGAGGAAGCUGAGCAUGUAAUUGAGGCCUUUCAGACCUCCCCCGCGUUUGAGGAGGCGGCUCUCUCCCGCAUGGACGAUCUCCUGAAGAUCUCGGCUCAAACUCCCGCUGGCCAGCUUCUCCUUUUCAAAGAGGGGCAAGCCAAUUACUCCCUGGGGCUGCACCGGGCUCAAGAAGUUUUGCUGGAGCGGAUCCGAAAUGGGAAGGAGCUCCCAAAGCCAUGCGAGAACCCUGAGGAGGUUGACUCAUCCAUCUACUACUCCGAGGACGAGGACGCCAAUGGCGGGGGCGAGGACACCGCCGGUAACUGAACGCGGCUGGGCCCACCGAUGAACUCCACCCUUAGUUUUUUUUCUUUGAUGUAAUGUUUUUGCGCUUGUUUCUGCGCU